AUGCCUGCUGAUAGUGAAUCCGAUAUUAGCGCUGAAAAACCCAUCACCAACUACUCCCAUGUGAGCGGCCAAACUCACAACGAGGAGGGGAAUGGUGCUCUUUUCGAGAGGACAACAUCCUCAACUAGCGACUCGCUAAAUCCACCCCCAAAAGAACAACUUCAAGAUUCCGAGUCAUUACAAUCAGAACCUGAACGUGCUGAUGGCGAACACGGUAAUAUUUUGGCACAAUACACCGAAAAGCAAGUUAUGGCCAUGGGAAGAAACUAUGCCACAAAGCAUGACUUAGACCCCGAUUUGUUUGCCCGUGCAGCAGCAUUAGCUAGAGCACCAGGUGCAUUCAACUCAAUGCCAUUUUUAACUGAUGAAGAAAAGUCAGGAUUGUACUUGGAAGCCACCAAAAAAUGGCACAUCCCUAUGAAGUUGGUUGCUGUUAUCGCUUUGGGAUCUAUGGCUGCAGCUGUGCAAGGUAUGGAUGAAUCUGUGGUUAAUGGUGCCACCUUGUUCUACCCAAAAGCCUUUGGAGUGGAUAAGAUGAAAAAUGCCGAUUUGAUCGAAGGUUUGGUCAACUCAGCUCCAUAUUUGUGUGCUUCGUGUAUUGCCUGUUGGAUGACUGAUUUGUUUAACCGUCACUUGGGUAGAAAAUGGACUAUUUUCUGGACCUGCGGCAUUUCGGCAGUCACAUGUAUCUGGCAAGGUUUUGUCAACAAUUGGUGGCACUUGUUUAUUGCUCGAUUCUUUUUGGGAUUUGGUAUUGGUAUCAAGUCAGCAACUGUUCCUUCUUAUGCUGCAGAGUGUACACCCAAGCAUAUCCGUGGUUCCUUGGUCAUGUUGUGGCAAUUUUUCACUGCAGUUGGUAUUAUGUUUGGUUACGUGACGACUUUGGCAUUCUAUUACGUCCCCCACAAGAGUUUCGGUACAGGAUUGAACUGGAGAUUGAUGUUGGGAAGCGCUUGUAUUCCAGCCAUCAUUGUUUUAUUCCAAGUACCAUUUGUCCCUGAAUCACCUCGUUGGUUGAUGGGUAAAGACAGACACCACGAGGCUUUUGAAAGUUUGAAACAAUUACGUUACGAGCCUAUAGCUGCCGCUAGGGAUUGCUUUUACCAAUAUGUGUUGUUGAAGGAGGAAGGUUCCUACAAGAUUGCCACCUGGAGAAGAGUCAUUGAAAUGUUUACCAUUAGGAGAAACAGAAACGGAGCCAUUGCUUCUUGGAUCGUCAUGUUUAUGCAACAGUUCUGUGGUAUCAACGUCAUUGCUUACUAUUCGUCUUCCAUUUUCAUUGAAGCUAAUUUGAGUGAAAUUAAAGCUAUGUUGGCAUCUUGGGGUUAUGGUAUGAUCAAUUUCGUAUUUGCAAUUCCAGCCUUUUUGACCAUUGAUAAAUAUGGAAGGAGAAACUUGUUGCUUUUUGCAUUUCCGUUAAUGUGCGCAUUCUUGUUGGUUGCGGGUUUCGGAUUCUUGAUUCAUGAUGACCAGGGUAAGUUGGGUAUGGUUAUUACCGGUAUCUAUCUAUUUUCUGCUGUCUAUUCUUCUUCAGAAGGACCGGUUCCCUUCACAUACUCGGCAGAAGCUUUCCCUUUGUAUAUCAGAGACUUGGGUAUGUCUUGGGCAACAGCAACAUGUUGGUUCUGGAACUUCAUCUUGGCAUUUACCUGGCCUCGGUUGAAGAAUGCAUUUUCACCAACGGGUGCCUUUGGUUGGUACGCUGCUUGGAACGGUAUCGGUUUCUUUUUGGUCCUUUGGUUCUUGCCAGAAACUAAAGGAUUGACUUUGGAAGAGUUGGAUGACGUUUUUGCUGUCCCAAUGUAUACCCAUGCCAUAUACAGAACAAGAACCUUCCUUAGAGGUGUACAAAUUCAUGUGUUGCGCCGCAAGAACGUGCCUGAAAUCCCUCCAAUCUACGACCAUCAAAGAAUGGCUGUUACAAACGAGGAGUGGAAUGACAAGGCAGAGGUGUCUCACGUUGAGUAA